CGCCUCCCUUCAGUCAGACGGUGACGUCACUCCGGGCUCAGACGUCCAGCUGAAAGCUCCGGUAGACUCUCAAACACACGCACACACACAGGCACCGAUCGGUCUGUUUUCUGCGCUUCUGUUCGGAUUUUUGCGCACAUUUUCUUUGUCUUUACUCCGAAACCAUCCGCAGAUCAGCAGCCGCCGCUCCGCAGCCGUCACGCCUCAGUGCGGGGAUCCAGCAAAGAUGAAAUGGAUGUUCAAGGAGGACCAUUCCCUCGAGCACCGAUGUGUGGAAUCCGCCAAAAUACGCAACAAAUAUCCCGACAGAGUCCCGGUGAUCGUGGAGAAGGUUUCCGGCUCCCAGAUCGUGGACAUCGAUAAGAGGAAGUACCUGGUGCCGUCCGACAUCACGGUGGCCCAGUUCAUGUGGAUCAUCAGGAAACGCAUCCAGCUGCCUUCGGAGAAAGCCAUCUUCCUGUUCGUCGACAAAACCGUCCCCCAGUCCAGCCUGACGAUGGGGCAGCUGUACGACAAGGAGAAGGACGAGGACGGGUUUCUGUACGUGGCCUACAGCGGAGAAAACACCUUUGGUCUCCAGGCCUUUUGUACAGUGCAGGGUUAAAACCUCAACGGCUUCAGACACAUUCGGCACCUUUAUUUAUGCUCAAUUUUUGAUACUGAUAAACACAAAUUUAUGCUGAAAAUUAACACACAGAAAACAAAAAGCCAACGACAAACUUUUUUGACAGCUGAUCAUCGGGCUCGUCGGCCUUUCCGUCCCGAUCGCUGUUUUAAGGUCAGCUGUGGAGAGAAAAUAUCUUUUAACACUGCCGCAAAACCAGAACAAUCAUCACAUGUUAGUCAUUAGAAACGUUUUCUUUGUCGUCACAGAACCGCUGUAAUCAUGUGACUAGAAGCAUCGACCAUGUUGUUAUAUCAUGUAUGAAACCUUCAGUAACGCAACGUCCAGCAGCAGAUCCGGGUUAAGAAUGUGAGUUUAAAAGGCUGGAUGCUGUAUUUGCACUUUGUUUUAGCCGAAUGAGCACAAAACCAGGAUUCAGACUCGAGAGCAAACCAACGCUUUACUAGAAGGAAGAGUUUUACCUUCAUACUGAGAACAUUUUCAGACUUACAGACCCUUGAAGUACAGUAAGUUUGCACUUUUUGUUUUGUUUUACAAUUUUUUAGCCUCAUACUGCAGGAAAUACAUCAAUUAAUUUUUUUGGGCUUAAAACUUUAGCUUCAACUUUACAUCCACUCCAGGUGUCACAUUCUCCAGACAAAAUUAGAUUUAAUUUUUUUUUAACUCUGGAAGACAAACUAAUGAUGACACUAAAAGAAAAACAUUUAGAUAAUAGUCACUAAGGAACAACCUGAUGAUUAAAUGAAUCCUUUAUGAUUUCUUCUUAACAAAUUUAGCAGCAAAAACUACAAAUUAAUAAAUAUAAAGACCUUAAUGUGUCUAUUUCUGAUACGCUACUGUCCCUUUAAGGCCGCCCCUUCACUAAAAGCCCACUUUCCUCUGAUUAGUCGACUUCCGGAAGCCUGCAGUCAAUGCAUGUGAGCAUUGCUGCCUGUACUUUUUUGGGUGUACUGUGCCUUGUGUAGACUGUAAAUAAAAGAAAGCAUGUGUACUACAUAGUUAAAAAAAAAAAGAAAAUGAAAUAUUAAGAAAAUCCAUUUGAAAAAUGGCACAAAUCUGACAGCAAAGGCGCCAAAAAAGUAUAAUUAAAAAUGGGGGAAUACUGUAACUUUCAAAAUGUGUAAAAAUGGUAAAAAUAACAGCAAAAAUCUGUAAAAUUAUGGCAUUUUUAGCUGAUUUAAGUACAGUAAAACAGCAUAAUUUUACGGUCAAACGUUAUAAAAAGAACAGAUUAGCAUUCAUAAAAAUACAGAUUUUUUUUGAAUGCCAUUAUGUACAAUUUUGACAUGUUUUUUCACUUUCAGCAUGUGAAAUGUUUUUCUUUGUUAUUACUGGUUACUAUUUGUAAUUUCCCAAAACAGGGAAAAACAGUAAAUAGCUCAAAAAAUAACAGCUUUUCAGUUAAACCCCCUUAACACCUGUGUUUCCCUAAAUAGAAUCAUAAAUGACAAAAAGCUACUCAGGCUCUAUUGAAGGAGACUUUAAAGUAAAACUUGAGACUAUUAAGUAAUUUGGAAAAUGUUUACUGAGGUAGAAAAUCAAGUGACAAGUCAGGUCAUUUCCUCACAUUUAUUCAAUUCCUUUUCCAAACAGGAAACGCCCCCUGCUGGCUGUUUGAAAGAAUACAGGUAUAAGUCACUCCCACUUGACUUUCCAGACCUGGAGGUUAUGCUGUUAUCAUGAUUAUAUUUAGUCUAUUGUCUGAAAUGAACCAUAUUGGCUCCUUUCUCUUUAAGGCCCCCCUCCUUAAAGCCCACUCUUCUCUGAUUGGCCAAAUUCCGGAAGCCUGUACCCAGGGCUUGUGAGCAUUACUUUGUGGUCAUACUGUGCCUGAAGGAGAUGACCAUAUGAAUUGGCAUGCAAAUUAGAAAAAAAAAACACAAUAAACGAUAAAAACAAAGCAUUUAGAGGAGUGCGAAUGAGGAAUUGAUCAAUAAUCACAUCUUAUACGGAUAUUGAUUAUUAUUAAUCAAAAUUAGCCCAAAUUUAGAAUAACAUGACCACAAAACUGCACUGAAAUGCCUUUAUGUUUUACAUGUUUAAUUAAAAGAGAACUUCUUUACAUUUAUCCUUCAGUGUUGAUUGGCUGUUAUUAGUGGCAUGUAGCCAGUAAGUUUGUGCAGUGGACAGGGAAUUAUUGUGUCAGAAAAAAGACGCGCAUUUUAAUAUAAUUGAUCAGAAAUUGAUUUAAAAAGUGAGAAGAUAAUCAGAAAAAUUAUGAAUAUCUGAUUUAAUAAUUAAUCAGGGCUGCUAACUGGUGAAUUCUUAGCCACAUGCUACAUCAUAUUAUUGAAAUUUAUGCUUUUAUGACUAUAUUUGAUAUUAACUUCUGACGUAAUAAAAUGACAAAAAAACAAAGGAAAAAAUAUAGGUGCUUUUUAAAGUAUUAAAACGAUGUAAUUUUAAAAAAUGCUCUGUAUUUUUUUAAAGUAUUGGAGACAAGUAUUACUUUAUGAGUAUUUUAUUAGCAGUUGUGAAAUGAAGCUAACAUUUAUUCAUUUUCAUGUACUUGUACUUGACUUUUUCCACCUUUUACUUCUACGUUACUCAAUGUUCCAGACAAAUGCUGCACUUUUUAUUCACAUUAUUAAUAUAAAACACAUAUUACCUAAUAUAAAUUACAGUAUAUUAUUUUAAAAAGCAGCUAAAAUUAGCCCCUUGUGCAAUAUUAGUCACAUUAAUAACUCAUAAAUAUAAUGUUUUCUCAUUAUUAUAGCUAAUUUAGUUGUUUUACUUGAGUAAAGUUUGAAUGCAGGACUUUUUUUACAGUGUAGUUUUGCUGCUUCUUUUACUUUUCACUGCUGGUCUUGACAUUUCCACAUCUUGUUCAAAUUUUAAUGAUUAAAAACACGUCAGAAACGUUUGUUAAUAAAGUCAAUGAACCUCUAUUUUUAGCCAGUGGACUUCUUUCCUUCUUGUAAAGGAAGAAACUGUUCAGGAAUCCUUGGUUUUCUUCCGGUAUAGUGUUUUCAGACCUUUGUUCUCGAGUCUGAAGUCGACGUUUUGGCUACAGUUUGUGGUUUUUUCGGUGCUGAAUUGGAUUUAAAACGUCCGCUGUGUUUCCACCUUUUACUUGACCCCAUUGAAAAUGUUCACGUUUGUGCACCUCGAGGCAGAUUCGGGCUUUUCAACAUGCUCUGUAGAUGUGUAAUACAUUCAGGAACGUCUUAUUUCAUGCGUGUUGUGUUAUCGUUAAAUAUAUCCUAAAGGAAUUUUAGAUAUUUGACAAAAUGGGGAAGGUAGCUGGAAGACCUGACCAAUAAAAAACAAAUGUAAAACGGA